AUGGAAUGGACGCGGUUCAACCCGCCACAAGCAUGGCGUGAGCACUGUGCAGCCACCGAGGAUUCCAACAGUUUUGAACGCCGGAUGGUGAACUACGAACGCUACGAUUGGCGAGAAGGUGUAAUCAUCGGGCAGGUCCACGACGAGAACGCUCAUUUCCUCGGCGGCGUUUCCGGCAAUGCAGGACUUUUCUCUACAUCAACGGAUCUCGAGAAAAGCGACUGGAUUCGCGGGAAAUCAAUUGGCCUGAUUACAAACCACACGGGGGUUGAUGCUACCUUACGAAGCAAUUAUCGACUUUUCUCGGAGGUGCCGGCGUGUCGGCUUUCUGCGAUCUUUUCCCCAGAGCAUGGGUUCUGGGGUGCGGUCCAGGAUGGUAUCGCUGUCAACAGUCUCGAUGUCUCGGAUGAAAACCUAUCGCAGCCGCACCUCGCAAGCGUUCCCGUCUAUAGUCUAUAUGGACAAUCAAUCCGUCCAACAGUGAGCCAACUUGAAGGCAUUGAUUUGCUCGUCUACGAUAUGCAGGAUAUCGGUGCGCGUUACUAUACCUAUAUUUCGACGCUGCUACAUGCAAUGGAAGCAGCCAGCGACCAUGGCAUCGAGUUCGUCGUCGCAGACCGUCCGAAUCCGAUUACGUGCAAUGCCGUGGAGGGACCGAUAUUGGCGCGUGGGUGUGAGUCGUUUGUCGGUAUACAUACGGUGCCCAUCCGUUACGGAUUGACAAUCGGUGAAUUGGCAACACUCCUGAAGGCAGAACGUGUACCAGCGUGCCGUCUAAAGGUUGCAUGGAUGCACGGAUACGAACGCCGAAUGUGGUACGAUGACACCGGCUUACAGUGGGUGCCACCAUCGCCCAAUAUGCCGACACUCACGACGGCAAUCCUCUAUCCCGGUCUUGUGCUUGUUUGA